CGGGGAAAAAGAGGGGUUUUCUUUUCUCUUCAAUGUCAUCACAAGCAAUACAUAUAUUUAAUUCGACACCGUAAAUUGUGAUGCCAGUCCGAUCAUCCAACCCGAUUCGCGCCAGAACGCUUGUCCGGAGCAACUUGGAGAAGGCAUCCUCCAGAAUGCCGAACAUUAAGGUGUUUUCCGGCUCAUCUCAUCCGGAUCUGGCGUCCCGCAUCGUCGACCGGCUGGGCAUCGAUCUUGGCAAGGUGGUUACGAAAAAAUUUAGUAAUUUAGAAACCUGUGUCGAAAUUGGAGAAUCCGUCCGCGGGGAAGAUGUGUACAUCGUACAGUCCGGUUCCGGCGAAAUCAACGAUAACCUAAUGGAACUGUUGAUUAUGAUCAACGCGUGCAAGAUUGCGUCGGCGUCACGUGUGACAGCGGUCAUACCAUGCUUUCCGUACGCACGACAGGAUAAGAAAGAUAAGCUGGCCGGUAAUGAUCAUGAUUUUUGCGACGAUAAGCUGGCAGAACUUAUGAAAACCAAUGAAUGGAAGUUCCGGAGUCGUGCGCCGAUUUCGGCAAAGCUGGUAGCAAACAUGCUGUCAGUAGCUGGUGCUGAUCAUAUCAUCACAAUGGAUCUGCACGCAUCACAGAUACAGGGUUUUUUCGACAUACCGGUUGAUAAUCUGUAUGCGGAACCUGCGGUGUUGAAAUGGAUUCGUGAGAAUAUUGCCGAGUGGCGAAAUUCCAUUAUCGUAUCCCCAGACGCUGGUGGUGCGAAGCGCGUCACCUCGAUCGCUGACCGGCUAAACGUCGAAUUCGCGCUGAUCCACAAAGAGCGCAAGAAGGCAAACGAGGUGGCCUCGAUGGUGCUGGUCGGCGAUGUGAAAGAUCGCGUUGCGAUUCUGGUGGACGAUAUGGCCGACACUUGCGGCACGAUCUGCCACGCGGCCGACAAGCUGGUUGAGGCUGGCGCUACCCGUGUGUACGCCAUACUGACGCACGGCAUUUUCAGCGGGCCGGCCAUUUCGAGGAUAAAUAACGCGUGCUUCGAGGCCGUUGUUGUGACUAACACGAUUCCCCAGGAUGGUCAUAUGAAGGACUGUCCGAAAAUUCAGUGCAUAGACGUUUCAAUGAUGUUCGCUGAGGCAGUUCGCCGAACGCACAACGGAGAAAGUGUUUCGUAUCUCUUUUCAAAUGUUCCUUACUAAACCGUGAUUGCACUGCGCUGCUAUGUUUGACACACCUCAAUUUCUUACACGAGUAAAUUAAUAGGACAACACGGAAUCUAACACACUCAUUUUUUCUAACAGACACACCCACAUACACAACACUCCAAGGCAAUAGAUAAAACGACCAAUCAUGGACAAAAAAGGUAGUGAGAAGAAAACAAAACCAACAUACGAAGGUUAAGUUUUGAUUCACGCAAAAUGCAUUGGCUACAGAAGAUAGGAAGAGAAAAUACCACUAGGCAUUAUCUAAAUCGUGCACAGUAGAGAUCUUCAAGACGUACAUUUUCUUUUAAAAAUCAUGGAAUAUCCCCUCCCAUCCUGUUUUUCUAUUUCCACGGAACUGCUAUAUUGGAACACAGGUUUUUAAUAUUUGUUUUUUUGGACGCUUUUUCAAUGGCCAAUAAAAUGACAAAAUGCGCUUCGUUUUUCUUGCUGUCUGAAAGCAAUUAUUAAAAACUGUCAUUUUAUGAUGGUAAAAAUUGUGUUUUUGCAAUAACCGAAAAUAUUUAUGAAAAAAAAAACACGUUUCAUUAUUUGCUCGUGUUAGUUAGUAAGCGUACCCGUAAACUGGUGCCACAUUACAUAUAUUAAAUAUAUGCGGUACAAACGUACCUCACAGGCAGGCGGCAACAGAAAGGACGGUAUAUUCAUGAAACGAACAAAGUUAUUUCGCUGUUGUUUGAAAUUGAAUUUUGCGAUACACCGCGUACGAAUAAUGAAUUUAAUGUGUAUAGACCGAGGAUGCAACCCAAUUGAACCGGAUUUGUAAAUUAGCCAAGACUGAAAUAGAUUAAAUCGAACAUUGGACAAAACAAAAAAUGCAAACUAAUCGCUGCCAUUGCCAAACGAAACACCAACAUGAAAUGUUCUUCGAGUGUUCGAGCUUAUACACAACAUCAAGCAAGAUGAUGGUACAACAGUUUGCUUCCAUGUUGAUUCACUUGCAUCAAUAUUUGCUCCCAUUCCCUGCGCUGUGUUACCAGCUGGAAAGUAACACAGCGUAAUUAAAUUUAUGUUAUGUUGGUACAACUUAUGUUUAGUAAAAUAUAAUUUGAUAAAAAAGUUAUGUAAGCUAGUAGUGCACACACUAGCUAUCACAUA